AUGCCUAGCCAUCGCCGCCUUUGGCAGCCGCUAAUCCUCGCGGCGCGGCCACGACAGGCCUCACGAUGCCGGGUCAGCGCCGUGUCGCUCCUGCAGCCGCGACCCCUUUCCACAACCCAAUCCCUGGGGCUUGCGGAACUGCGCAGUGCUGCCGAACUUCCGGAUCGGACCGUGCCGCGCUAUCUGCAGAGCACGAAGCCGGGCUCUUCUCUCCUGUCCCUCAGGUGGCCACGCCCGCCCCGGAACCUGCUCUUGGUCCAGAAGCUGUACGCCCCGGACGUUUCCAAGUCGGUCCUCAAGUUUGCGAAAUACAUCCGCGGCGAGUACCCCGACGUCAACAUAAUUGUCGAGCCCCGGAUCGCCGACUCGAUCCAAGACCAGCUCAGCUUCCCCGUUUACGUGUCCGACACCCGAUCCAACAUUGCCGACAAGGUCGACGUGAUCGCCACAUUUGGCGGUGAUGGAACCGUCUUGAGAGCCGCUAGCCUCUUCAAGCUGCAUGGCUCUGUGCCCCCGAUCCUGUCCUUUAGCAUGGGCACCCUGGGCUUCCUCGGCGAGUGGAGCUUCAGUGAGCACAAGAAGGCCUGGAGAGAGAUGUACAUGAGUGGAAGCGGCGUGGCCAUCCACGAUGCAGCCGUGCCUCGCGGCGACUGGGACACUGUCGGUGAGGAUGCUGCCUCGUCUUCUCUCGUCGGCUGGGAUCGCAUGAAGGGCAAGAGUCUGGGAGUCAGCAGAGCGUCCAAGGUCCUCCUUCGCCAUCGCAUCAAGGCCGACAUAUUUGACCGCUCGGGAAACAACAUCAACAACCGGGUAUCAAACACCCUCGCCAGUCAUUCCAAGUCCGGCAUCGCCGGCACCAAAGAGGAAUCACCUUCGCUUCGCGCAAUCAACGAAAUCUCGGUCCACAGGGGCUCGCACCCUCAUCUGGCGAUUAUCGACAUCUAUCAAAACGGCCACUUCCUGACGGAGACUACGGCGGACGGCAUCUUGGUCAGCACGCCUACGGGCUCGACGGCCUACAGCCUCAGCGCCGGCGGGCCCAUCGUGCACCCGCUCGUCAAGUCGCUGCUCAUCACCCCGAUUAGCCCUUGCAGCCUGAGCUUUCGCUCGCUCGUGCUGCCGCUGGAUACAAGAGUGUGCCUGCGCAUGAGCCCUAAAAAUAGGGGCCGCGAGCUGGACCUAAACAUUGACGGGAAGCGGUGCGCCGGCGUGUCGCCUGGAUCCGAGAUUCGCAUCGAGGGCGAGUUUGUUGGGCGGGCUGGACCCGGGGAGGAAUGGCACGGGGGCGUUCCGUGCGUCAUCAGGGCUGAGGAUGAUGAUCCUUGGGUUGGCGGCCUGAACGGCCUGCUCAAAUUCAAUCACCCGUUUGGCAGAGAGCCACCGAUUGACGAGUAUACCGACUGA